GGCUGAACAAGGCUAUUAGUAGCAGUCAGCGCUAACGCCCCCUCGACGAUUGACGGCUUCAACGCCCAAUAGGAGCAUUAGUUCUCAUGUCCAGUGUCCAAUCAUAUCGCAGAACACAGGCGCUUUGUGGUAAAGUACAGUAGGUAGCUGUCGUUCAGAUCAACAAGCCACUAUUUUGGAAGCAGUUUGACAAACACUCAGUGUUUUUCAGUUGAUGUCAGUCGCUAUCUGUGUUCCCAGCGAGACGUGUCACGCGUGAUCAGCGAUAAACCAGCACAAAACUAGCCAGCCACAUAGCCCUGAACCGAUAAGGUUGGAUGACAUCGGCGGUUUUUUAACUUUAAAACAGCCAGCUCGUUUUUUUGUAUCCAUUUCAGAUCAGGCAGGUCGGUGACAACUGAAAAAAAAGCCAGCGUUCUUGUUUUUGAUUGGCUGAAUCUUUACCGUUAUACGACCGAGCUAGCAACAACUUUUCAUCGUUCAUUUAAUAACUUGUCGUUUUUUUGUUGUUGUUGUUGUUGGCCAUAACGGAACAACACUCGUCUUAUUUCUAUGUUAAGUCACGGUUCGUUUGGUUUUUGACAACGAGCCGCUUUUACUUGAAGAACUGCCCAGAAAAACAACGACAUUUAAGCUAGCGAACAUUUUUUGCUUUGAACAACGUAAAGCAGCCUUAGCCUGAGUGUUAGCGUCAGCCAGCUAACGCCAAACCCCGAACGUUACCUGAACGUUACCUGAACCAUUUUACAACAUUGAGGGGAGAGACUAGUUUGGCUUUUUAGAACUAACCGGUGCUGCAUUCACGACCUUUUAACUUUUAAAUAGCCCGUCUUAUACAGUGCAGGAGUAACUCUUUAACGUUACCCCUUUUUAAAAAAAUAAAAUAAAAAUAAAUAACUGACAGAGCAGCGAGCCACCUGAGUGUGAGGAGAGCCAGUGGUAGGACCUGAAGCAGGUUGUGUACAGCCACGGAAUCCCUCAUCGGAUUGUUACAUUAUCAGUGUUAUUGUUGAAAAUGGCGGCGAUUGGACUGGUGCAGAUGUUGAUCGAAGCAGCUGAGUACCUUGAACGCAGGGAGCGAGAAGCUGAACACGGCUAUGCCUCCAUGCCGCCCUUCAUCAGCAGCCGGGAGAGGGAAAACUUGAAAAGGAAAAGCAAAAGCAAGAAAAACACAAGUAGCAGGUCUACACACAAUGAAAUGGAAAAGAACAGACGGGCACAUCUACGGCUGUGUUUAGAGCGCUUGAAAUCCCUCGUUCCCUUAGGACCAGAUGCUAACAGGCACACCACCCUCAGCCUGCUGAUGAAGGCCAAAGAUCAUAUCAAGAGGUUGGAGGAGAGCGAUAGGAGAGCUCAGCACACCGUGGAGCAGCUACAGCGGGAGCAGAGACACUUGAGGAGGCGUCUGGAGCAGCUGGGGGUGGAGCGGACCCGCAUGGACAGCACCGGCUCCACCCUGUCCUCCGACAAGUCCGACUCUGACCAAGAGGACCUGGAUGUGGAUGUAGAUGUGGAUGUGGAGGGGACGGACUACCUGCUGGGUGACCUGGAGUGGAGCACCAGCAGCGUGAGUGACUCAGGAGACGAGCGAGGCAGCCUGCGCAGCAGCUGUAGCGACGAGGGCUACUCCAGCGCCAGCCUGCUGCGCCUGCAGGACACUCAGGAGAAGGCCAAGCAGCUGGGCUGCAGCCUAUAGACAGCACCGCUCACCCACCCAACUCUCACCUUCACCCCUCAGCCAAUCCUGUCCCAACAUUGUCUCACCACCCCUCCCCCCUCCUCCCCUCCCCUCCCCUCUCCUCGCUCCCCCCCCCUCCACCAGGACUGAUCGAGUCUUCGGCCUCACCUGCAGCCGAGACUCUACGGACUUCCUGUCCCCACGGUGACUUCCUUUUAGACUGCGACACCUCCAAGACAGCCGCCCACAUCCAGCACAUCAUCAGCGGUCAGUCUUUAAGGGCGUCACCCGCUCUCCUCUGCACCAAUCAAAACGAGGGAUUUAAAGACACUCCACCCCUCCGUCUGUCCGUCCGUCCAUCAGAAACACAAGUUUCAGCCAGAGAAUGUUACCACACAAUAUCCCACUGCCUCUUUUUCUAUGCCUCAAGAGCCAUGGGAAGCACUUAUGAGAUUUCACACACAAUGAAACGCACACACACACACACACACACACAUCCCCCUUCAUUGCUCAUAGUUGUCCAGUGAGACCGAGUCCUCCAAAAGGUGUGACACUGACAUGACGUGGGGCUUUUUUUUGUUUUGUUUUGGUUUGUUUCUUUCCCGCCCUGCUCACCAGUCGACCAGCCGUGCAUGGUAUUUUGCACUUAAAAAUGCUUUUGUGAACACAAACGCUGUCUCUUCAACACGGCCCCAAGGCCCCAACCCGACUCCAGCGAGCUUUAAAAAAAAAAAUUAUAAUAAAACGGUGUAGCAGAGUUUGUGUACACUAAAGUAUGACUGCGUGGCGUUAAACCAUCGGUGGGGGGCAAUAGGUCCUUUAGUACCCAGGCUUUGGCGGGUAACCCCUGUAAUUUUAUGUCCACAUCUGCCAUCCAGAGGGAGAAGUUAACACAACAACAACAAAAAAUAUAUAUAAAUAUAUAUAUCGUGCAGCAUGAGAUUGUGAUUGGGUCGGGGUGGGUUUGAUGUUUUCUGCCUCUCUCUCUGACGACGGUGGCGCUUUUGCAGCCUCCUUUUAUCAUAAUGUGUGUAUGUCACGUCUGAGCCUGGCGACAACGAAGGGGUCACUAGCAGGUUUGGAAACUCUUUGAACACCAGCCACCAGGCCGAAUGCUGGUAUAUUUUGGCAGGUGCUGGUACAUUUUUUUGUACACUACUUCUUCACUGCCCCCGUUCACCAGGUAUUAACAGAAAGGGAAGAGCCGAUCUACUGAGAGCCGGUCAAGAGACUGGAGCACAUUCCAAUAUGUAGAGAGGACAGGCAGCGGAGACUUGACGUUAUUAUUAUUAUUAUUAUUAUUAUUAUUAUUAUUAUUAUUAUUAUUUUAUUAUCAUUAUUGUUGUUGUUUUUGCAAGUGGAUGUUCCUGCCAAUUAUUUAUGAAGGGAGAGUUUGAGACGAGACGAGCCGAGCCGAGUCACCUUGAAACAGAACGACUGGCUUCAAGUUUUCGGUGGGACACGAUGAGAAGGUCCGAAUCGUUUUGUGUGUGUGUCACACGUGAAAAGCACGGACAUGUUCAAACCACAGAUUUUCCCUCCUUUGCCUUGCGUUCAUAGCUAUUUAUUGUCUCUGCAAAGAUGGACACCUUUUAAUGUAAAUAGGUUACAGAAAGAACUCUACAUCUUUCAACAAAUGUAUUUAUUAGAUAUACUAAAUAUAUAGAGAAUAUAUAUAUAUAUAUAUAAAUAUAAAUAUAUUUAAUUAGUCAUAGCCUAUGUUCUUGUGAGGUUUAUUGAGAGUUUCCUACGUGUAGUUUGUUUGCACAGCCUAGUCAAUCCAUAGAAUAUUUAGAAAUGUUUCUUGUGCCUCAAGGCUUUUGUGUCUGUUCAGGAUUCGGCACGGUGCUCCUAGAAGAUGAAAUGUUUUCUUUGUCGUUGAUGAUAAUUUUUUUUAGCUGUUUUCAAAGCCAGCUUUACCCUUUAACAGGGGAAAUAAAAGGACAAAAAAAUCUGAAUAAUUUCUUUAAGAAUUUCUUUAAAAAUGAUAAAAGUGAGAGGAGCCGGUGGUUUAGGUUGAAGGUGGAGGCAAUUUAUUUUAUUUUAUUAAAUUUUUUGGCAAAGCUGCGUUGCCCUGCUCGGGAUCUCGGGCUGUGGAGAAGAGGAUCGCAGCUUUUUGAAUGUAGACAUCCUCGAAAAACCCGCAAACGUAGCGCCAUGGGAAACGUCCUCCCCGCUUCCUUUUACGAUCCACCACCUUUGCGAAUCUCUUGUUAGAGCAUGAAGAUGAAUCAGAAAAAUAGAUAGAGGAUUGUUUAGUCUUUGAUUGUGCAAUGCUGCUUUUUUUUUGGGGGGGGGGGGUCAUAUUUUUAAAAACCCUUUCAAACGGAGAGGAACUGUGUAGCCACGCUAUAAGAAGGGGACUAAAGGGGAAAUGUAUUGAAAAGUAGGUGUGAGUGAGCAGGUGUGUUCGCUGAAACGUCAUCUGUCGGUGCGUGCAUGAGUAAUACGGUGUGUGAGUGUGUGCGUGUUUAUUUCGUCACUGUCUUCAGAGAGAAAUUUCUUGGGGUGGUUUCAAAAAAAAAAAAUGUAAGGUUCUGUUUCUGUUCUGGUUUUCUAUUCAUUUGUUUAAGAGGAAAAUGCAAAAAAAACAAAAAAACAAGUCCACUUGAAUUCAUGUGUUAACCUAAGCAUUAGUUAGCGUGUUUCCUGUAUGUGAGCGUGACUCCCUCCUCCACAUGCAACAAGCAGUGUGUCAAGCACCCACACCUCCCUUACUCCUCCUCCUCCUCCGUCCCGGUCUCCCCCUUUUCCACCUCCCAGGUGCUCUCGGCAUCUGCCUUAAGAGGCAGGUGUGGAUUCUCUCAAAGAACAAGACUACAGUCAGACCAGUUGUUUAAGCUACAGGUUUCAGCAUCAGGGGAAACUCGUGUUCAUGUGUAUAAUUGGUUGUUUUCUUUUUGUUUUUUGUCCCUGCAUACAAAAGUGGCAAAAAAAAAUGCCUUAAAACAGCAAACACAUGUACGACCUAACAGGAGUGUAUAUGAUAUGAGCGAUGAGUGUAAUAUCCACAUGUAUCACAAAAAAAGGCCAUUUCUUUUCAUUGUGACGGUCUCAGGCGUGGUGCUUUCAUGCAUUACACGAACAAACACACGAAAACCAACACAGACAACACCGCGUCAUAGCUCUACCAACAUCAUCGUCGCCUGCUGCCUUUCUCCUCAGAAAGGUCACACGUCUGUUUAUUGAACAAUAACUCAAAGGAGAGCGUUUUGUGCACUUACUUUUUAAGAAUUGGAGAAUUUGGACACUGUCUAAAGAAAUCACUUCAAAUGUGGGGGAAAAAAAAAACAACCUUUGAACAUGAAUUGUGGAGCAGCAAUUUAUAUUUGCCAUUGAUAUUAAAGGAAUAAAACAUUUGAAACCCUUGUUUACCUACCUAA